CUGCUUUAGACCAGGCGGUCAGGGAGGGCUUCUCUGAGGAGGCGACCGUUGAGCAGAGACAGAAGGACAAGGGAAGUGACAAAAAGAGCCAGCUGUGCAAGUCUCCAAUAAAAGAGUAUUCCAGGCAGAGGGAAUAGCAAGUGCAAAAGCCCUGAGGUGCCAAGUGCUCCAUCGUCUGCAGCCUCCUCUUACUGACCAGCUCUCAUCCACUCCUCUCAACCCCGGGCAGCUGACGACACGGGCACUCGGAGCCCAGGCCCCAGUGGCUCUUACCCCUUCGUUACAGUUAUUGAAGGUAAUACAUGGUGCGGUACAGCCCAGCCCCCCAACCCAGCCCGGUCCAACAGGCUAGGAAUCUCAAGGCCUCUAACUGGUCUGGGGCGGGAUGAGCAGGGGCCCUCGGCGGGGGAGACUAUUUAGGUGGAAAGUGGCGGAAAGGCCCCUCUUGCUCUCCCACCACAUUCUCCCCUCUCCCGCCAGGUCACCCUGCCCUCCUCAUACUCCGGUUCCUUCCCCAUCAUCCUUUCUUCCCUGAUAUUCCCUACCCCUCCCUCCCCCCCCAAUCCCUCCCUCCCUGCACACACCCCGCCUUUCCCCUACAUCUCCCGUCCCGUCCCCCUACAUUCUUCUCCGCCUCCAUCCCACAACGCCCCUCCCCGCGCCACCCCCCCCCCCCCCCGCCCCCUGGCCCAGGGGGUGGGGGCCUGUCCCCGCCCGAGAGGAGGGGAGGGGGCUCUGCUGACCAGGGAGGGCUCCGCGGCCCGCCCCCCGCCCUCGGCGGGCCGGCCGGCGGGGAGGGACCGGGGAGGGGCGGCCGCGGGGCGGAGGGAGCACCUGGGUGGGCCCCGGAGCCAGCCCCGCGGAGUCCCGCGCUCGGCCGCCGCAGCCUCGCCGCCGGCCGUGCCAUGUCCUGGGCUGUGCUCCUCGGCCUCCUGGCCGCGCUGCUGCUGCUGCUGCUGCUGAGCCGUCGGCGCGCGCGGCGACCUGGCGAGCCUCCCCUGGACCUGGGCAGUAUCCCCUGGUUGGGCUAUGCCUUGGAGUUUGGAAAAGAUGCUGCCAGCUUCCUCACUAGGAUGAAGGAGAAGCAUGGUGAUAUCUUUACUGUGCUGGUCGGGGGCAGGCACGUCACUGUCCUCCUGGACCCACAUUCCUACGAGACGGUGGUGUGGGAGCCUCGCAGCAAGCUGGACUUCCACGCCUAUGCUGUCUUCCUCAUGGAGAGGAUUUUCGACGUGCAGCUUCCGCAUUACAACCCCAGCGACGAAAAGGCCAAGAUGAAACCGACUCUCCUCCACAGAGACCUCCAGGCGCUCACGGAAGCCAUGUAUACCAACCUCUGCACCGUCCUGCUGGGCGACACCACAGAAGCGGGCAGUGGCUGGCAGGAGAUGGGGCUCCUCGAUUUCUCCUACAGCUUCAUGCUCAGAGCCGGCUACCUGACGCUGUACGGAGUCGAGGCGCUGCCACGCACCCCUGAGAGCCAGGCCCAGGACCGCAUCCACUCAGCCGACGUCUUCCACACCUUCCGCCAGCUCGACCUGCUGCUCCCCAAGCUGGCACGUGGCUCCUUGUCAGUGGGGGAUAAGGACCAGGUGUGCAAGGUCAAAGGUCACCUGUGGAAGCUGCUGUCCCCAGCCAGGCUGGCCCCCCGGGCCCACAGGAGCAGCUGGCUGGACAGCUACCUGCAGCACCUGGAGGAGAUGGGCGCGUCGGAGGAGAUGCAGGCGCGGGCUCUGGCGCUGCAGCUGUGGGCCACGCAGGGGAACAUGGGUCCUGCUGCCUUCUGGCUCCUGCUCUUCCUUCUCAAGAAUCCUGAGGCCCUGGCUGCCGUCCGUGGAGAGCUUGAGCAGAUCCUCUUGCAAGCAGAGCAGCCUGUCUCGCAGAUGACCACCCUCCCACAGAAGGUUUUGGACAGCAUGCCUGUGCUUGACAGUGUGCUGAGCGAGACCCUCAGGCUCACAGCUGCACCCUUCAUCACUCGCGAGGUCAUGGUGGACCUGGCCCUGCCCAUGGCGGACGGGCGGGAAUUCACCCUGCGACGUGGUGACCGCCUCCUCCUCUUUCCUUUCCUGAGUCCACAGAAGGACCCGGAAGUCUACACAGACCCAGAGGUAUUUCAGUACGACCGAUUCCUGAACCCUGAUGGAACCGAGAAGAAGGACUUUUACAAGGACGGGAAGCGACUGAAGAAUUACAGCGUGCCGUGGGGGGCGGGGCACAACCAGUGCCUGGGCAGGGCCUAUGCCACCAGCAGCAUCAAACAAUUCGUGUUCCUUGUGCUGACACGCUGUGACCUGGAGCUGACGAGCCCCGACGCCGAGAUCCCCGAGUUCGACCUCAGCAGGUACGGCUUCGGUCUGAUGCAGCCCGAGCGCGACGUGCCCAUCCGCUACCGCCUCCGCCCGUGAGGCCCGCGGCCCUGCUCGCUCGCCUCGCCCAGCCCGCCCCGCAUCGCAUCGCCGGCUUCCUGUGUCCGCAUUCGGCCUGGUUGCAGAGCUGUGAAGGAACACGGCCUGCAUUACUACUCUCCUGCUUUUUCCCCAGAAGGCUGUGUCCGGGGGAGGGGAGGGAAAGGAAGCAGAGAGAAGGCGAACUAAGCAAGACCCCAGAUCUCUAUGGAGCCUCUGCUGCAGAGGCUUGGUGCCAAAAUGAGACUCUUUCUGCCCCCAGCUCCCCUUGCUCCUCUCAUGAUAUCCACAAAAGCCGCGGCAGACAGAGCAGAAGUAGGAGACCUCACUGCUGGGCCCCCACCUCCCGGAGCGGCCACUGUACAAGUCUGUGACCAUGGUGUGGUCCAGGCUGUAACCAAGCGAAGCAGAUGCUGGCCAUAAAAAGGCCAACCACGAUCCAGCAGUGUCCCUUGAAUUAAGCUCUGUCCCCAAAUUACUAUUAAGCUACCUAAAGCCAAAGGAGUCCCUUAGGUACCUGCUUUCCUGGGUGCCCUGUGCACUGGCCGCUUCGUCCCUGCGUUCACGCUGAUAUGUGAGAAAAUGCAGGAAGGUUCGCCUGAGGCUGGUGCCUCCAGGGCGCAGAUGGUGAGCACCCUAAAGAUACUGGGCUCUGAGGAGGAGAGUUCUCUGCUCCAGAGCCGCGGGCUCCAGGUGAGUGCUCUCCCGGCACCGAGACUCAGGGCAGGAAUGAGAAGGACACAGCCCUGAUGGAAGGGGAGCAGCCGGGCCUCCUUAGACUGGUCAAGCCAAAAAUAAGUGUUGGUCUCCUCCAUUCUCGCUCAGAAGCUCCUGCUGGAGGCACAACCCAGUCCGCAGAUGUCAUUUGUUUGGCCUACACUUAAAAAAAACACAUUAGUUGUUACCCUAUCAUCUUUGGGAGAGUUGAUUCAAAAUGUCCAGUUUCUCUUGAAAACGUAGGAGAUCUGGCCACUCGGGGCCCCUAUUUCCAAGGGCAGCCAUUGGCCAGAGCGGAGAAGAAGCCGCCUCUCUCAUCCAGGGCCUGUGCCUUCUGGCUCCCCAGGGUUCCUGCUUGGUCUGCUUCUCCAUUCACACUACCUCCUGUCCCCUGAAGGCGUUCGAGCUUGAAAACUCGGUUCUGACUCUGAGAGGUGAUAUUGUCGGAAGUGGUGGGAACCUGCUAAUCGGUCUUCAGACCGAGGGUCCAUCAUCUCCUGGGUGUGCCACCCUUUGAACAGACAAAUCAAUGAUGAAAACUAGUUUUUUCAUCAGCUUUAGAAAACAAAAACAAAGACAGAAACACAACAAAACAGCUCAAAGUGAAAAAUUGCCCAGAAACGUUUAUUAUGAUGGUAGUAUUAUCAUUAAUAUUAGGUCCUGUUUAUUGAGGACCUGCUAAAUGCGUGUGACAGGCACAGUAGACAUAGUUUUUCUGCUUCUCACAGCAUGUCUGUGAAGACAGGAUGGUUAUGUCCUCUUUAUGGAUAAGGAAACGGGCUCAGAGAGGUGAAGUGACCUGUCCAGGGUCACACAGCUUGUAAGCUGGCAGAAUUCCACAAAGACGACUUGUCCCAGUAGCAAAUGCUGGAUGGGCAGCUCUGCAUUCCUUGGGCUCAAGGGGAUGGCGGAGGGGCAGUUGUGUGUGGCGUUGGAGAGCUGACAGAGCCAGAGGCAGCCAUGGGUGGUUGUAUCUCAUGAGACACCACAGACACACACAUAGUUAAGUCCCUGUAGCUUUAGCGGGAGGGAGAAAAGAGAGCCUGAGAUCUCUGAAUGUCUCAGGGGCUAGUCUCUUCUGGGAGCAGUGCCAGGGCCUGGGGGCUUCCCUGGCCCUCAGCCUCCAGGCACCCCCAGGAUUCCCGGACAGACACUGGGAUUGGCAGGAGGCAGGAUAUCCCCAGGGAAACCCAUCUUCACGCCUGGGUGACCCCCGCUGCCGCCUGCUGCUUAACUCUGCAGGAAAUCAGGGCUGGCAGCCUCCUGUGGGAGGACGGAGCCGGUUGCCAUGGCAACCCUCAGCUGCCUCGGCCUGGCUGGGAAGGGGAGGAAGAAGGCAGCAGACAUAGCUGCAGGAAAUCUCUUGUGCGUGGCUGCUGCCCUGGCGUGCUAGGGAAAAACCCUUAUGAUUCCCUUCUUCCAGAUCAGGGCCACUUUGCCACCGAGACUAGAUUCUCACCUGUGUUCAAAAAUGGGCCAAUUUCCUUUAAAGGUGGCACCUCCCUGGAGCCACAAUCGUGGGAAGAGACGAUUCUCCCACCGGGCGGCUCCAGCUGGUGCCGGAGAUAUUGAAGGACAGCUUGGGAGACAAUGAUGCAAACCCUCCUUAUUUUAAUCUUUAUUAUUUUUCUUCUUUCUUCUUCUUUUAAAAAAUAUAAGCAAUAGGGAAAAGAAAGAGAGAUGAGUGGCUUAGCUGUUUGGUAGGUUAGUUAUGAAAGGACCUGGAUGUCAUUGUAUUUCUUCGGACCUUGCUUUAGAAUCACAAAAUUGCGGGACAUAUGUGAGAAAUGCUCCUGGGGUGCCCUAAAGAAGCGUUUUCUUGCCAUCUUCAUUAUUAUUUUUUUACUGUUUUUUGUAUUGUUGUUUCCCAGACGUUUUCCUUUAAACUGACUCUUGUUUUUAAACUUAAGUUUGUUUAAAAAGGGAGCUUUUUUCGAUCGUUGUGGUAAUGGACAACAUGUGUCCCUCACUGCCCAAAAUAGAAAGUGACUGAAAAAUAAAUCCGCUGGGCAGGGCGCCUCCACGCGGGUGUCGCCAAGGCCUGAGGUCUGUCUCUGCUCUGUUACAAAAUGAGACGAGCCAGUGUUCGAGAGCGCUAAAGCCACGCCAGCCCCACCCUGAGACUUCCUCCUUGACGACCACGGGGCGGAAGGGACGAGAAGGAGUGAGCUGCUCGCUGCAGGGUCAACCGUGCGUUACACCUGGUCCCCAUGCCACCUGGGGUCGCCUCCUGCCACCAGUGGGCCCCACCCACCGUGGGUUGGUGAUGUCCCACCUGCUCAUUCUCCAGAUGGAGGAACAGGCUCUGAGAGCUGAAGUGUCUAACCCAAAGUCACUGAUUUUAGUGAUUUUUUUUAUGAACAGAGUGUUUCGUGAGGAGCCGUGGUUGUCAUGCCUCGCUGUUUUAAUAAAGAGUUCUAUUUUCAUAUGAUAUUGUUGAGUGGAAACGUGCCCAAGUGCAUUAAAGUAUCCCUGUUUGCGGAGCUGGAUCUGA